UUUAAAGUGUGUAUAUACUUCAUUACAAUAAAUACACAAUUUCUCUAAGUAAAAGAUAACUAUCAAGGCCAUUGUAUAAUAUAUUCAAUACAUUACCCAUAUGAACAUGAUAUGAACUUUUAAAGUGUGUAUAUACUUCAUUACAAUAAAUACACAAUUUCCCUAAGUAAAAGAUAACUACCAAGGCCAUUGUACAAUAUACUCAAUAUAUUACCUAUAUGAACAUGAUAUGAACUUUUAAAGUGUGUAUAUACUUCAUUACAAUAAAUACACAAUUUCCCCAAGUAAAAGAUAACUACCAAGGUCAUUGUAUAACAUACUCAAUAUAUUACCUUCAUACAUAAUAUGAACGUUUAAAGUAUGUAUAUACUUCAUUACAAUAAACCUAUAAUUUCCCAAAGUAAAAGAUACCUAUUGCCAUAAACUGAAUCUAUGUUACAUCAACCAAGCAACAAUAUUUUCUCCAGUUAAAUUAAACCAUCACUCUAACGUCGUGUAAGUUACACGGUAAGAAAACGAUCGGAUCGUAAAGCGAGGUAUCCAUUUACCGUGUGAUAUACGAGCUUUCGUGAUUUCGAAGAUUUGUGUCGUCCACGAAAACACGAUGUCUCUGAUAUCGAGUGAAACAACCAUUAAAACGAGCUUCGUACAGGCGCGGUUUUACUAGGGGACGACCAUCGGACCUUGUUCUCUAUCGACAUGAUAACAGUUGCUUCCAAUCCAUCGACGUUGAUUCUUCAGAUUCUUAUUGUCAGUGUCUUUUUACGAUGCAUUUAAUCAUUAUUAAUCUUCAUUAAAUGUGUUCGAGUUCUUCAUUUAGCUUUGCAAUCUUUCUUCUUGUAAAAGGUGGAACCUUCUUCCCCACAACCGUCGGUCGACCGACUGUCAGUUACUUUUGCCGGUGUUGAAGACAACCUUCAGGAUAAUCAGAAGGAUAUUCCAAAAAGUUUGCAGCAGACGGAAAGCAGAGUCGACGUCAAGAACGCUUCUAAUAUGCAAAGAAUAUCUAUAGCUGAGGAGGAAGCGGAUGAAGAUGAUUAUUCAGCGUCAGCUUGUGCGAUCAUGCAGCGACGGAGUUCAAGUCGACGGCAAAGUAGACGAAAACGUCGACCGUCGUCACCUUUCAGCGUCGAAGCUGAAGCUUCUCUUCGGAGAAGGUCGUCCAUUUACACCGUCAGCUCUGGAGAAACUGCAAUCUCCAUGGAAGAAAGCGGAAGCCAGGAACUAAUAUUUGAGAAGCUGAAGCUGCACAAAGAAGUUUUGAGCGGAGUCAAACAGCAACCAUGGCCUCUUCGUCGAAAAAUCAAACUGGUACGACAAGCGAAGUCGUACGUGAGGAGGCACGAAGGUGUUCUUCAGGAAAGGCUGGCCCAAACUCGGAGCACCAAAGACGCCAUUGCGCGCAUUUCAUUAUUCAUCACAAAGAAAUGGCAAUACUGUCGAAGAGAGAUAGUAAAUCUUCAAACAUGGUUGAUCCCCUGGGAACUUCGAAUCAAGGAGAUCGAGUCACAUUUUGGUUCCGCGGUGGCUUCGUAUUUCACAUUUCUUCGUUGGUUGUUUUGGAUCAAUCUUGUUAUGGCGGUCAUUAUAGUAACUUUCGUGGCUAUUCCAGAGAUGUUAGCAGCAGAUCCCGCAGCUGCCGGAGAAAGAAAAAUCAUGCUCAAAGAAGAAGAGAUCAAAUCAAAGCACCUGCUAACUCUAUGGGAGUUUGAAGGGAUUUUAAAGUACUCUCCCUUCUUCUACGGGUGGUACACUAAUCAAGACUCUCGCAGCGGCUACAGAUUGCCUUUGGCAUACUUUGUCACGAAUUUAGUCGUCUAUGUCUACAGCUUCGUCGCCAUACUGCGCAAAAUGGCAGAAAAUUCUCGUUUAAGCAAACUCACGGAGAAGGAGGACGAGUACGUAUUUUCAUGGAAGCUUUUCACAGGAUGGGAUUUCAUGAUCGGUAAUACGGAAACUGCGCAUAAUCGGAUGGCCAGCAUCGUCCUUGGAUUCAAAGAAGCACUGUUGGAGGAGGCUGAAAAGGAAAAAGAUGAAAGGAAUUGGAAAAUUAUAUCCAUGAGGAUCUUCGUGAAUGUUUCUGUAAUCUUAUUGCUGGUUUUAUCCGCUUAUGCCGUGGUAGAAGUGGUUGCUCGAAGCGCAGAGGAACUUGAACAGGCCAGUUGGUGGAGACAGAAUGAGAUUACCGUUGUGAUGUCUCUGAUCACGUAUCUCUUUCCAACGUUUUUUGAGAUAUUAGGUUUGUUGGAGAACUAUCAUCCCAGAAAGCAGUUACGUUUACAACUUGCACGAAUAAUGGUCCUGAAUUUAUUGAAUCUCUACUCCCUGAUCUUUGCAUUGUUUGGAAGAAUAAAUUCAAUGAAAGAGGAUCUGCGAGAUCUUCAACCAACUAUCAAGAACUGCUCUUACAAGCCAAUAGCGUGCAGUGACGAUAUGGCAAAUUCUCGAAAAUUAGCAACCUUAGCUUCUCUGAGUUUAAUUAUGGUAGCGGGUAAUGUUACUGGGAUGCAGAAUCAGAGUGAGAUUUCUGAAACAACACUGCCACCGUUCUUCCUGGUGCCGAACAAUCUCUACUUGAAUCCAAUACUCGACGACAAAUCACUGGAAGAGAUAUACAACGUCGGGGACUAUCCACCCUUGGAUUACAUCUACGACAAUUAUGAACGAGAAGACAUUAAAAAUAAAACGUCAAAUUCGACUGAAAUUAUCACUGAAACUUUUAAUCUUACCUCAAACAUGUUUCAACAAAAUGAUACUUUCAACACCACUGAUGAGGAAUUCAUAACCUUCUCUUCCCAUUCAACUGAAACCAGGAUUCCUUUUUUAGAAAAUUCUACUUACAGUGAGAAGACAUUUUACGAAACGAAUGAUACGAGUGAGGUAACUCGUGAUUUUGGUACAAUCAUAGAUACAUCUACUGAAUUAGAUACAUUCAGUACAUUGACCAUGUCUGAUAAUAGUACAGAAUCAAGUGAAACCUCAGGAUACUCUGAAUCUAUCAAUGAUACUAUUUAUGAGGUAACUACUGCUGAUAGUUCCUCAGCCAGCAAAUUGAGUACAUUGACCAUGUCUGAUACAAGUACAGAAUCAAGUGUAACCUCAGUAUACACUGAAUCUACCAAUGAUAUUUAUGAAAUAUCUACUACAGAUAGUUCCUCAGCCAGCAAAAGAGUGAUUCCCUUAUCUGAGAAUAAUUAUAUUGUCAAGUGCUUUGAACAAGUAUGCACAACGACAACUCAAAAUACAACUGCUUCAUCAAAAUUAUUAGAUUUGAAGACUCGGAAGAAGCUUCGUAAAUUAUGCUGGGAGACGAUGUUCGGUCAAGAACUAGCCAAGCUCACAGUUAUGGAUUUGGUGCUUAGUGUAAUGGCCACGCUCAGUAUAGAUUUUCUUCGCGCAGUCUUCGUGCGUUACAUGAACAGCUUCUGGUGUUGGGACCUUGAAAAACAGUUUCCUCAGUAUGGAGACUUCAAAAUUGCUGAGAACAUACUUCACCUGGUGAACAAUCAAGGGAUGAUUUGGAUGGGAAUGUUCUUUAGCCCUGGUUUGAUAGUUUUGAACUUAUUGAAGCUUGGGAUUCUUAUGUACUUGAGGUCCUGGGCUGUCCUCACGUGCAACGUGCCUCAUGAAGUCAUUUUUAGAGCUUCCAGGUCUAACAAUUUUUAUUUUGCCCUACUGUUAACAAUGUUAUUUCUAUGCGUGUUACCUGUUGGUUAUGCGAUUGUUUGGGUGGAACCAUCUUGGCAUUGUGGACCAUUUUCUGGUUACAAGAAAAUUUAUCAUUUGGCUACAAAACAACUCACGGAUUCUCUUCCAGAACCAAUUCAGAGAUGUCUGGAUUACAUUGCUUCACCCGGUAUUGUAAUUCCACUGAUUGUUCUGAUGACUCUUAUUAUUUAUUAUAUGGUGUCACUGACUGGGUCGUUGAGAGAAGCCAAUAAUGAUUUAAAGAUACAAUUGCGUCACGAGCGCACAGAAGAGCGUCGUAAAUUAUUCAAGAUAGUUAAGAAGAGAGAAGAACUAACCGAUACGUCGUUUUUAAAAUGGAAGAAAAUGUUACCGGUCUUAUCCAAAAGAUCAACUAAAACUGAUACUUCCAAAGGUGAACCAGAAGUCUUGGUCACCAUGGAGAAUUCUGCUGAGGAUGUGGACAGGAAACGUUCAAUUUCAGAAGUUGUUGAAUUGAUGGACAUGGGACAGGAAAUACCACAGGAUCACACACAGAAUAUUCCUGAAAAUAGUAAUACAAAAGGAUCAAGUAACAGGAUGACAAAGGUUCUUCAGGACUCUCGGGAAUCGCAGACCACCGACGCCAUGAUACCAGAGAUCCGCAUAAACGGGGCAGAAGGAAAGUCAGUGAGUUCUCAGUCGGUUUCUAAGGAAAAUGCAAAUCAGACAAAAUAAAAAAUAUCAAAAAGAA